AUUGGCUGUUGCCUUAAUUGAUAGAGUGGUGGUAAUUAUCCGCUUGAUCUGACAAGAGCCACUGGAUUUGCAUUUGUUCAUUUUGGCAGAGGCUCAAGGCAACACAAGUAAGGAACAACCUGCUGGAAUAAUAUACCUCUACAAACAUUAAACAAUUUUGUGUAGUUUGAAAUCUCAUGAGGCUAUAGAUCUGUGAUCACCAACCGACUCAUCUCAUCCGUUCAAAAUAUUGAGAUUUACGUAUCGUCUGCUUGCGAUUGAUCUCAGGGUUGUCAUAUCAUCAGGUACAUUAUAUUCAAAACACCGAAAGAAAAUCACAUAUCUCUUGAGUCGUGAACCAUUCUGUCAAUGCAAACUGUGAUCUUUCCAAGGAUUUCAAAACGUCUAGUGUUUAUGUAACCUUGGAUAUCAAAAUGCUUUGUUAGAUUGCAAAAAUAAUCAGGAAAAUUGCAUGAAUCAUCAUGGUCUGAAUUGUUAUCGAGAAAUCAAACAUCUUUUGCAAACCUCCGCUUACUUUCCUUUGGGAUUAAGAAGGAUAUCAUCAUGAUUUAUGAUUGUGCUAUUAUGCUAUGACAUUUUGAAGGCUACGGAAUACAUAAACGCUACAGCCAGCACAAGUCAAUCGCCAUAGAAACCAUCUUAUGCCUGCAACUAGCGGUCGCGAUCCAUUGGAAGCUAUUAACGAAGAUACCAGCGAUGGUCUAACAGAACAGCGUGCCACUAGCUUGCGACCAGCGUUAGCAUUGAGAAAGGAGACUCAAGAUGGCAGACGAUGAUUCGGAGAGUAGGGGUUUGAUGGGCAAGGGGCGGCAAGAACCGGAUUGGAGCCGGUUUGGCCUGAGCCGCCAACAGCAGAAGGAGACCGAGAGUGCAGCGGCGCCGAAAGAUUACCAUGACGACCAUAGCGGUUAUCAAGAGGGGGAGGAAAACGUCAACGAGCUCUACUCGCAAGAUAAGAGCUACACAAGUAAGCCAUGGUAUCAGUCCAACUUCUUCAUCCGGGAGCCGGUGCUGUUUGGGACGUGGGACGGUGUCUUCACAUCGUGCAUGAUCAACAUAUUUGGUGUGGUGAUCUUCUUGCGGACAGGAUGGAUGGUCGGCCUCGCAGGCAUCCCUCUUGCCAUCUUGAUCAUACUCAUGACGAUCUUUGUCGCGUUGAUAUCUGUACUUAGUGCGAUCGGCGUGUGCGAGCGAUGUAAAAUGGAGAGUGGAGGCGUCUACUUUCUCUUGUCACAUGUGCUCGGAGCCCGAAUUGGAACCACCGUCGGUGUUCUUUAUUGCUUUGGACAGGCUGUGGCUUGUUCACUGUACGUGAUGGGUUUUGGCGAGAGUAUAUCAGCGCUGAUGCAUCAGAACAAUGAAUGGAUCUCACGAGGUAUUGCCGUGGGGGUGGUUAUGCUACUCUUAGGUAUCAACGUCGCUGGUGUCAAGUGGGUCAUACGUCUGCAGCUUGUACUGCUGGUUAUCCUCGCUGUGGCGGUCCUCGACUUUGUGACGGGAUCAUUCGUUCAUACAGAAGUGGAACUCGGCGUGACUGGCUACAGCUUGGAGAAUCUUCAGAACAACACCGCACCGAGUUACACGAAAGGAGAAUCAUUCUUCACCGUCUUCGGCGUAUUUUUCCCAACAGCUACCGGUGUGUUUGCCGGCAUCAACAUGAGCGGUGACCUAGACGCGCCACACAAGAGUAUUCCCGUCGGGACGCUCUCCGCAGUGGGGGUGAGCACAUUCCUUUAUCUAGCUUUUGCGGUCGUUCUUGGCGCCACCUGUGAACGAGUCAACCUGCAGACGGAUUACAUGAUAACCGAAAAGGUUGCUGUAUUUGGCGCCCUCUGGUUAGCAGGUCUGUAUGUGUCAUCGUUGUCCGCCGCACUCGGCCAACUCACGGGAUCGCCCCGCGUCCUUCAGGCCCUCGGCAAAUCACAUGUGAUAAAACAGCUAAACAUUUUAGGGGAGGGGCGUGGUGCCAAUAAAGUACCGAUCUUCGCACUUCUCGUCAUCACGUUGAUAUCGCUUCUCUUUAUCUUUAUCGGCGAAGUGAACACGCUCGGCCCGAUCGUAACGAUGCCAUUCAUGUUAACGUACGCGGCUGUGAACUACGCCUACUUCUCAUUGGCUAUGAGCUUCGACCACCAAAAACAACGAGAUGCCCGCUAUAGCCAAAAUGGCUACUCAAGUUUAGAUCGGAGCGGGUCAGAGUCAAAACUGGUGCAAAAUGGUGGGAAUUUAACUUACGGUGCCGUAAACGCAGACACAAAAGAUAAGAACGAUUUGGAUAAGUUGUUCCCUGAGCGGGUUAAUCCGCAUACGCCACGGGUGCCAGUAAGACAUGAGAGUGUUGAGUCUGAUCAGGGCGAAGCCACUUUUGACAAGACGGCAUCUCAGGAGAGUAAGUUGGAAGAGGGGGCCGACACACAACAGCUGAUAGGGGAGGGAACCAAACCCGAAGGUGCCGAGGUUAACAAGAAGCCAGUAAAUGUAGAAAUAUUACGCCAGCCACGGUCAUGUUACUCUAUAUUCUGUAAUCGAUGGUUAUCUCUAGUCGGGGUUGUAGCGUGUGUGAUCAUCAUGUUUGCCAUACAGUGGAUCUACGCUUUGAUAAACGUAGCUGUCGCUAUCAUUAUUUAUAUCUAUAUCGGACAAACGAAUCCAGGAGUAUUUCCAGGAAUCGCCGAUUUUAACUUGUAUCUCUGGGUGAAAAACGGUAUACAGAACUGCUGCCGACGCGGCCCACCACCACCUGAGCAGAUCGUCGUCACGAGGAAUACGCCAGCCAUGGAGACGAUGGCUGCGCAGCUGACCGAGGAUAAUGAGGACUUUGCAGAGAGAGGGCGCUACCAUCAGUCAGAGGUUGUGAAGGGGGAGAACUUCGAUGAUUAUCAAGAUUAGGGAGGAGUGUUAUAAACUUUCCAAAGAGAUUUCAAGUGAGUCGUGAUUGACCAAGAAUUUGGAGCGAGGAAUGGAUUCAAUGUCCUCUGCAAUAGUAUGCUGUUGUUGUGUCAACCUUUACCCAGGUGAUAGGUGAUCAGACCUGGGGACAAGGAUGUCUUGCUAUCAUCAAAUUGUGAAUUGGUGACAAAUGAUUAUUGGAGUAUUCCCAUCCUUUGUGCUGUGAUGUUAUGUGUCAUUUAACAACAAAUGUUUAUACGACCGAGACGAUAUAGACAGUGAAUGUUUUGGUGAUGUGCUUCAUCUUCUUCUUAAUCAUUCGUUUGUGAAGUUAUUUGUCAUUCGUUUGUGAAGUAAUUUGAUUGGCUUUCUGGCCUCGGCGGUUAAAGGUCGUGUUGAUCAGAAAUAAUUGUUACAAUCAUUAUAUAUGUAAAUUGUAGUUAUAUAUAAAUAGGUGUAUAUAUGGUUUAUUCUCUUGAUGCUGUGUUCGCUGGAUUAAAGGAGCUCGUGUAAUUAAGUGGACACAGUAUCAACAUGUUUAAUGUAUAUGUAUAUACAGCUCUGUGUCUCAAGACACAUAUUCCAACUUUUCAUUCCAAAGAGAAGCUAUUACAUGUAUAAUGGUACUCGAUGUUGAAUAAUAUUUCAAUUUUAGGCAUUCAAUUUCUUGGCAACCACUUUAAGCUUUUUGCCUACUAAUGCCAUCUCCAUGGCAACUGGUUUGGGUUUGAAAUGAAAUGAACAUAGUCCCUGUCAUCAGCAAUCUGAAGAACUUAUUAAAUCUAAGUAUACUGUAAAUAAUUAUAAAUACUGAUUAUAUAUCAUAUGUAAUUAAAGGUUGUAAGUAAUUAGUCCAAUAUUUAAAUUAUACAUUGUUUUUUCCAUAGUAACUUUGUGGUAACCAUGGAAUGGUUGGUUACUCCAAUAUAUUAUGAUAUAUGUCACCCUGCGUAAAACCAGGAGUUACCGGUAUGUACCAUUGAAUGUAGACAGUGUACAUUUCUAUGGGUUCUUCUUCGGACGAAAUGCAUUGAAAGUGUUUCUUAUGUGUGGCUCCAUCUAUAUAGAUAGAUUGGUUUUGUUGAACGUGUUGUAUGGCGAUGUUGGUUUGUGCAUUUAUGAUUUUUUGGACGUAAUGUCCGGCAUUUCAAGGUGAAAUGAGGUAAAUAUAAGACCUAGACAUGUGUUUUCUAAGUCCUUUCAAUGCCAACUUUAGUCCAGGUCAUCGGGCCGAUUGGUAGUUUAGAAUCUGUUGUUUCGUAGAACUGAUUAAGGCAUUAUUGGUGUUUUGAGUUGUGGAGUUUUCUCCAAAUAUGCCGAAAAUUGAUGAAUGUUAGAAAAAACGUGUCUAUUAAAGCCAAGUAACAAAGAUCCUAUGCUUCUGGAAGCGUUGUGCACCGGGUGGUCUCUCUAGUUCAAUGGGGCGUCGGUAUCCCAACAUGCUGUAUUGAUUUUCACUUGGGUUUGCAUCCAGACUCUGAUAAUAUUGACAUCAUGUCUCUGUCACUUGGGUAUUACAUUGUCAGAUAUUCAACGAUUACUUUGUGAUGUCAUGUGAUAGUUAUUAUCUUCAAUCUAGUCUUGUUGAAUGCUUUGUUGUCAUGUCUGCUGUGGCGUCUGCCAAUCUGUUAUGUCUGAACAUUUGGAAAUGUCCAAAUAUGGUAAUAAAAUUUGAAAAAUAAC